AUGGCGGUGCUGACGGUACGGGAGGCGGCCGACCGGCUGGGCAUCGGCUACCAGACCCUCAAGCGUUGGAUCUACAAGGGCAGUGUCAGGACGACCCGCACCGAUGGCGGGCAUCACCGGAUCGCCGAGUCUGAGGUGGAGCGGCUGCUCGCCACGUCAGGCGGUUCGGAACGGACGCGAGUCUCGCGCCGCGGCCGGACGGGCGGCGUCCUGAUGCUGGUCAGCGGACGCAACCGGCUGCGCGGCAUCGUCGAAGAGGUGCGGCGGGACGGCCUCGUGGCGCAGGUGCGGCUGCGCAUCGGCGACCAGCAAAUCACCGCGGUGAUCACACGAGACGCGCUCGAUGAACUCGGGCUGAAACGCGGUCACGAGGCCACGGCGCUCGUGAAAGCGACCGAGGUGAUGAUCGCCCGUGAAGCGCCGGAUGCCGCCAGAGCGUGA